AUGGCCAAAACUUCAAAGAUCAAGAAAGAUCCCACGGCGAACCCCCGAUCCCGCGCCUCAAAGCGAGCCACCUCCCCUUCAAUCGACGUCGACAAGUCCCUCAAAGACGCCCCGCGCGCCUCGGACGCGACGCCUAUCCUAUCCGCUCGCCCAAAUAGCGGGAUCACCAAGGCGAAGCGGAAACAGAAGCCCCUCUCACGCGGGCAGCGGCGCAGACACGAGCGAGGGCUUGCCCGGGCAGAGAUGGUCCAGGAUCAGUUCGCACGCAAGAUCGAGGACGCCUCGCACCGGCUGAGGAAGAGGCGCGAGAGGAAGGGCAUAUGGGAGGAAGUCAACGGUACGGACAAGUUUGAUAAACUCACGGCGAUUCUUGGUCAGCAGGAUGGGUGGGUGGAUGAGGACAUGAAGGAGGUCAAGAGUGACGGCGGCCAUGUCAAGGAUGUUGAAAAUUUGCACACCGUCUCUGAGACGAAACUCCUCGUGGUGGACCGCACGGCGCCUACGGCGGCACUAGCACUGACAACGACCGCUACGACACAGGAAGAAGAGGACGAAGCCGACAAGAUAACAUGA